AUGGGCAAUAUAUGUCCAUGGUGUUGUAGAAAUGAAGAAGAUUCGCAAUCGAACGAUAACCUUGGUGAUAAUUCAACUUUAUCAAAUUCACAACGUACUUUAGCAUCAUCGGAUGUCAAUGAUCGAACACCAUUGUUAAGCAAAUCAGGUAGUCAUAAUCAAUAUCAUCAUCCGGUAACACCAGCUCUUCUUGGUUCAUCAACUAAUAUUGAACCAUCAUCACUAUUAACAACAAUUGUUCCACCACCACCGCCACCAUUAUUAAAUGAUAGUCAUCCUGAAACAACAAGUGGUUGUACAAACAUGGCAAGAUUUUCAUCGAAUGAAACAGCUGAAUCAUCCAUGGCUAUAAUUGUUGAACGUAUGCUACCGGAUUUAAUUGAUGUUGGAGGUUGGGGUGGUGGUACACAUCAAACAAAUAUAAAUACACAAAAUUCAAAUGCACAAAAUGAUCAUUUAAAACAAAUCUUAUGUAAAUCAUUACAAUCGACUCGAGUAUCAAUGUUGCCAGACGCUGGUACAUCAAAUUUAUCAUCAUUACUUUCAAGUCGACCUAUAUCAUCCGAUUUAUGUCAUUUUGUUGCGCAUACAGCCAAUGAAUUAUCACGUUUAUUAAUUGAUGAAAUUAAAAUUGUUCAUAAAGAAGAACUUGUAGUUACAUUCGAAUAA